UUACACGGUUAAGAACAGCUAUCCCAUGCCCCGCGCGGAUGAGCUGUUUGACCGUCUGGCAGGCAACCGCUUCUUUACGAAGAUCGAUCUUCGUAGCGGUUACCACCAGAUCCGCGUUGCCGCAGAGGACCAGCCGAAGACCGCCUUUCGGUCGCGCUUCGGCCACUACGAGUUCACGGUGAUGCCAUUCGGCCUCACCUAUGCACUCGCCACCUUCCAGAUGGCGAUGAACGACAUCUUCAGGGACAUCCUUGAAGAAUACGUUCUCGUAUACCUGGAUGACAUCCUGGUCUACAGUCAUACCUUAGAAGACCAUAUCAGACACCUCCGCGAUGUCCUACAGCGCUUACGCAAGCAUGGUGUCUAUGCCAAGCUCAGUAAGUGCCGCUUUGCCCAGCGCAAAGUGGACUUCCUAGGACACCAUGUGUCUGACCAGGGUCUCCACAUGGACGACGCGAAGAUCACUGCUAUUGCAGAGUGGCCCGUCCCCACAUCUGCCAAGCAGCUUCGCAGCUUUGUAGGCCUCACCAGCUACUAUAGUAAUUUUAUCCAGGGAUACGCUAGGUAUUCCUACGUCCUUACCUCCACCCUCCUCCGGAAGAACCCACCGUGGUUUUGGACACCCCUCUGCAAGGACGCCUUUCGCGCCCUCAAGAAGGCGGUGACUUGCGCGCCGGUUCUUCGCCUUCCCGAUUUUGAUCGUUCCUUUAUCGUCACCACCGAUGCGUCAGAUUUUGCAGUAGGAGUUGUCCUUUCUCAGGUGUUUCCCUCUGCUCCAGAUUCACCUUACCCCCAUGUUCCUCCUUUCCCCCCCCCUCGUGCUGGCACUGCUUCUCGACUGACGCCUAUCCUACCACCACUUCCCUCCACUGACAGUCCUCCCAUUACUUACUCCCCGACCAUCGCGGAGGAUGGGACGGUCGAGGCUCGUGCUGGGGAUUGCCCGAUCGCUUUCUACUCCCGUCAGCUACUACCUGCCGAGAUAAACUACACUGCCGAUGAACGUGAGGUUCUCGCAGUAGUUUAUGCUACCCGGCAUUGGCGUCAUUAUCUGCACGGGGCGCCCUUCACGGUGCGCACGGACAACUCAGUUGUCCAGGCUUUCCUCACGAAGUCUAAGCUUUCCCUCGACAGGCACGCUGGUGGCGUGACUUAUCCGAGUUCAGUUUCACCACUCAGCCCAUCAAGGGUGAAACGAACCGCGUCGCCGAUGCCUUGUCCCGCCGUCCUGAUCACAAUCAGGAACCCAUCCAUCUUGCYGCCAUCUCCAUCACCAGUGUUGAUCAAUCGGUGAUCGACGCGUAUCGCACUUAGUACCGCCACUGCGCCGAUUAUCGCGUCAUCCACGC